AUGUUUGCCGCCAGGUUUGACCCAUCGCAAGUGCAAAAUUUAUCGGAACCAGCUGGUGUUUUUAAAACUCAGCUACGCCCAGUGGUUCCCUCAAAAAGAGGCAAAGAGUCAGACGAUGAAAGUGAAAGCGAAAGUGAGAGCGAAAGCAAACAGGAGGACGUAAAAGAGAGCCGAGAGCCAGACGGGAGUGGCUCGGAGGUAUCUCUUUCAGACGUUGAAGCUUUGGAAGCGAGUAGUGAUGGCCCGGAACCAAAUAGCGAUGAUCAAAUAUCAAGCAUCGGGACUGUGCUCAAUGAUAAACACUCUGGACUGUACAACCGCUUCCAGAAAACACUCUCUUUACAGGAGAAACUGAGAAGUUCCGAUCUGAUCGAAACGGAAGACGAAAAAACAGAGGCUCUGGAACAACACGAUCUGGUACCAAUACCGCAACCAGCAGUGGUGAAAAAUACCUUUCCUUCAGCAGAAGCAGCUACUGUCAUGAGCAAAUCAGCUGCAUGGCUGCAAACGCAGAAGGUCUACUAUGACAACUCCAUGGUAAAACCUUUCGCAAGUUACGAAACUCAACUCAACGAUAAACUGUUGGCUAACAUCACAACCAAGUUUUCAGAUCAGACAUUUCCAGUGCAAACAAUCUUGCUUGACACGGUACUGCCGAAGUUGAGAUUCGCACAGUCUGUCAAUAAAAGGCAAUUUCCCCGUCGAGUGGGCGAUAUCCUUGUCAAUGCAUCGACAGGGUCCGGUAAAACUUUGGCAUAUUCCAUACCGGUGGUACAGUCUCUAUCAAAGCGUACUGUCAACAGGCUGCGAUGUUUGAUCGUGGUUCCUACCAAAAUUCUGAUUCAUCAAGUUUUCGAGACACUGACCAAACUUUCUCAAGGGACAAGUCUCAUCACAGGUAUCUCUAAGCUCGAAAAUUCCUUGAGGGAUGAACACAAAAAAUUUCAAAACCAGCAACCCGAUAUUCUGAUCAUCACUCCGGGACGUUUGGUGGACCACCUGCAGCUGAACUCCUUUGAUUUGAAAAAUCUCAAGUUUUUAGUUCUUGACGAAGCAGAUCGUUUGCUGAACCAGUCGUUUCAAAACUGGUGCUCCGUGAUUAUGAAUAGGCUGAAAUCCGACAAAAACGAAAGGGCUCCCGUGAGUGUCAUCAAAAUGGUUUUCAGUGCUACGUUAACCACCAACACUGAGAAAUUGCAUAACUUAGAGCUCAACAGACCUUCGCUAUUCAUGAUGGAUUCAGUGAAACUUUAUCAUCUACCAAAGCUCCUACAAGAACACAACGUCCAGAUUCCUACGGCAAAGAGCUUUGCGAAACCAUUAUUUUUAAUGCAACUCAUAGUCGCGUUGUCGGAUAACAACUCGCGGAUCCUAGUUUUUGCCAGGAGUAAUGAAGCGUCCCUAAGGCUUGCUACCCUUUUACAGCUUAUGAGUGCGAAACGGAUAUUGAAUACGGAUGCGAACCUCGAGGUUACUUCGAUCAAUUCGAACAACACUAAGGGCCUCAACAGCAAAUUGAUCAAACAAUUCGCUGCUGUUGGUUCGAACAAGACUGUCAAAGUGCUCGUCGCAACAGAUUUGAUGUCAAGAGGUAUCGACAUCGACAACAUCACCAACGUCAUAAAUUAUGACCCUCCUAUAUCGUCCCAGCAAUACGUUCAUCGUUGUGGUAGAACUGCAAGAGCCCAAGCCCAGGGUGUAGCUUUCAAUCUACUUGUCGGAAAGGGUGAACAAAAGUUUUGGACAGAACACAUUGACAGCGAUCUCAGUAGAGAUGCCGAUGGGUGCCACCCCAAGUCGCACGAUGAGGUUGAUGCUUUGAAGGAUAUUUUGACCACUAGCCCUGAUGUUGAAGAGAACUAUCGAAAGUGUUUGGAACAGCUUAAAGAGGAGGUUCACGAUCGCUAG